AUGGAAGGGCUUAAUCCUAUUUCAGAUGAUGUGGAAUAUGCUGCUUUUAUUUUUGAUGCUUAUGGAACAAAUGGUAUAAUUUCUGUUUAUGUGGAUCAUAUUGGGGUUGGUGUUGAUGGGUGGUUUGAUGAUGAAGAUAAUGAUGAUGAUGCAUGUGAGUCUUGUAUUGAUGGUGAAAAUGAAGAUAACAUAGAUGAACUUAGGAAUGUUGAGUUUGAAAUUAAUGAGGAUGUAGUGCAUAUGAAUAGGACAUCAAAUGAUCCUUUCUUGAAGAUAAGGGAUAAGGUGAAUUUGCUUAGAAAAAUUCAGAGGCAUUAUCAGGUACUACCUAGUGGAUUAAACCAGUUUGAGGGUGUUGUGGGUGAGGAGGCUGUUGAGGCUGAGGAGGGUAUUGUGGGUGAGGAGGUUGUUGGUGCUAAUGUUCAGGUUCAGCAGGGUAGAGUUAGGCCAAUUUUAGAGAUUUUGAAGAGGAUAAGGAGAAGAAAGUCAAAGAGAAUCUUGAAGCUGAAAUUAGGCAAGACAAUUGGUGGUGUUGAUGAUCCAGGAAAUUCUAAGGGAAAAGCUCUUCUAAUUGAUUAG